AAUUUCUUAAUCGCUCACAGUUUCGAUUUUGAUUGUUAACUAUAGCUAUGAGAGUUGGGAUUGGCAGAGAAUCGGCUGGUUGCUCAUUGUAGCUGGCAAAUUGACGACUCAAGCUCAAGGGGAUCCAAGUUUUUUCUUUAUUUGACAGUUACUAGUCGGAAAAGGAUCGCUCGUUCACUCAAUUGCUCAUUUCCAGCUCCGAAUUUUGAUCGGGAAACAGUUCGAUUGCCGGACGCGAAGGAGACUGGUGACUGACCAGUUUUUGAUCGCGCAAAAUGGCGGCACCUGACAAGCAGAGCGCUUUGGAUUACAUCAAUCAGAUGUUCCCCACAGAGGCCUCUCUAUCUGGUGUUGAGCCCCUUAUGCAGAAAAUACACAGUGAAAUCCGUAGAGUGGAUGCUGAGAUUUUGGCUGCUGUUCGUCAGCAGAGUAAUUCAGGGAGCAAGGCCCGGGAGGACCUUGCAGCAGCUACUCGUGCUGUUCAGGAACUCUUAUACAAAAUGCAAGAAAUAAAAACUAAAGCAGAGCAAAGUGAAACAAUGGUUCAGGAAAUAUGCCGUGACAUCAAGAAACUGGAUUUUGCAAAGAAGCAUAUAACUACAACGAUUACUGCCCUUCAUCGUCUUACUAUGCUAGUAUCUGCUGUAGAACAACUUCAAGCUAUGGCUUCUAAAAGGCAAUACAAGGAGGCAGCUGCACAGCUUGAGGCUGUCAACCAGUUAUGCAGUCAUUUUGAGGCUUAUAGAGAUUUUCAGAAGAUCACAGAGCUACGAGAAAAGUUCAAGAGCAUCAAACAAAUUUUGAAGUCUCACGUGUUCUCGGAUUUCUCUAGCUUAGGUACAGGAAAAGAGACAGAGGAAACUAAUUUACUGCAGCAGCUAUCUGACGCAUGCCUGGUUGUUGAUGCCCUCGAGCCAUCAGUUAGGGAAGAGUUAGUAAAGAAUUUCUGUAGUAGAGAGCUUACUUCUUACCAGCAAAUUUUUGAGGGAGCAGAAUUGGCAAAGUUAGAUAAAACAGAAAGACGAUAUGCUUGGAUCAAGCGCCGCCUACGAACCAAUGAGGAGAUUUGGAAAAUUUUCCCCUCUUCAUGGCAUGUCCCUUAUCUCCUUUGCAUCCAGUUCUGCAAGUUGACGAGGACACAACUGGUGGAUAUCCUCAACAAUCUUAAAGAAAAACCAGAUGUUGGAACACUGUUGCUGGCUUUACAACGGACUUUGGAGUUUGAGGAAGAAUUAGCAGAGAAAUUUGGUGGUGGAAGUCGCAGCAAAGAAUCAGGAAGUGACAAUGGGGAAGAUACAACUGAGAGCAGCAGUCAAACUAUUUCAGACAUUCGAAAGAAAUAUGAGAAAAGGCUUGCAGCACAUCAUGGAAGUGAGAAUGAGGACCAAGAUGGCCACAAAGAUCUGUCUGUGCCUGAUGCUGGGUUCAAUUUUAGAGGGAUCAUUUCAUCAUGCUUUGAACCAUACUUGGCGGUCUAUGUUGAACUGGAGGAAAAAACUCUUAUGGAGCAUUUGGAGAAACUUGUCCAGGAAGAAACAUGGGAAAUUGAAGAGGGAAGUCAAACUAAUAUUUUAUCUAGCAGUAUGCAGGUGUUUUUGAUCAUAAGAAGGACGUUAAAGAGAUGCAGUGCUCUGACAAAAAAUCAGACAUUGUUUAAUUUAUUCAAGGUAUUCCAAAGAAUUCUUAAAGCAUAUGCCACAAAGCUUUUCGCAAGAUUGCCGAAGGGUGGCACAGGACUUGUAGCAGCUGCUACAGGAAUGGAUGGUCAGAUCAAGACAUCUGACAAGGAUGAACGUUUGAUCUGCUAUAUAGUCAACACGGCUGAAUAUUGUCACAAGACGUCAGGUGAAUUGGCUGAAAAUGUCUCCAAAAUAGUUGAUCCCCAAUAUGCCGAUAGCAUCGACAUGUCUGAAGUACAGGAUGAGUUCUCAGCAGUUAUAACAAAAGCACUGAUAACUCUUGUGCAUGGUAUAGAAACAAAGUUUGACUCUGAAAUGGCUGCAAUGACACGUGUUCCUUGGGGCACACUCGAAAGUGUUGGUGAUCAAUCAGAAUAUGUGAAUGGCAUAAAUACAAUUCUGACUUCAAGCAUUCCUGUACUUGGAAGGCUUCUUUCUCCUAUAUAUUUCCAGUUCUUCCUCGAUAAGCUUGCAUCAUCUCUUGGUCCGCGCUUCUAUCUCAAUAUCUUCAAAUGCAAGCAAAUCUCCGAAACAGGAGCACAACAAAUGCUGCUGGAUACACAAGCUGUCAAAACAAUCCUUCUGGAAAUUCCUUCCCUUGGAAAACAGGCGGCAUCUGCUGCUGCUGGCUACUCGAAAUUUGUAAGCCGUGAAAUGAGCAAAGCUGAAGCACUGUUAAAAGUUAUAUUGUCCCCUAUCGACUCUGUGGCAGAUACAUAUUGUGCUCUACUGCCCGAGGGUACUCCUUCCGAGUUCCAGCGAAUUCUGGAUCUUAAGGGCCUCAAAAGGACUGACCAGCAAAGCAUACUAGACGACUACAACAAGCGUGGGGCAGGGACGUAUCAACAAUCCAUCAAGGCGGCCGUUCCAUCUGCACCUAACACUACGGUAGCACCUAAUCAAUCCACACCUGCUGGAAUAAUUCCAUUGAAGGAAGAGAUUGUGGCAAGGGCUGCUGCACUCGGGAGAGGUGCUGCCACAACUGGAAUCCGCAGAAUCCUGGCAUUAACCGAGUCAACUACCAAAGAUCGCAAGGAUGGACCUCUGAGGAAGCUUUUUAUUGGAUGAAAGCACAAAAAAGUCGAAUGAUUCGCUUACUCUGGUUAGGUUUAUUUUGCUUUCUCUCUGAGUAUUGCAUCAAUCUUUCUAACCUCUUUAUUGCUCCCCUUCCCCAACCGGCAUAGAUAACCUUUUCCACCUGUGGAGGGUUUUUCUUUUCUUGGAGGUAUCCUGUUGUGUAGAGCGUCCUAGCUAGUUUUUGGGCAUUUUUUUGUAUAUGAAAAUUGGAAACUGGAAAAAGAUUUUGAUGAUACGCGUUAUAAUAUAAUGACUCUUCUUCC